UUUAUGUUUUGACAUUUCUUGCUGUCAAUUUAAUUGAAGCAGUCUUCAAUUUGUUUGUGCAACAUUUAGUGGAUAAAAUAUUAUUUUUAUUGAGCUCAUCAUUGUGCAAUAAAAAACUUUGAAUAAUUGAAAAUGCGUUUAGUUGAGAAAAAUGAGGAGCGCGCUUUUAUCAUUGAAUGCCUUAAAGUAUACAAAUCCCUUCCAGCGUUAUGGGACGCAAAAUCACCGGAAUACCGCAAGAAAGAUAAAAAGAAUGAAGCUUAUGAGAUUUUGGUACGUAAAUUUCGAGAGAAAUAUGCAAACAUAAAUCGGAAAGAUGUGACCAAAAAAAUUAAUACGUUGCGCACCAAUUUCCGCAAAGAAGUAAAACGUCUCUCGCAAGAUAGGCGCGAUGCUUCCAAGUUAUGGUACUUUGAUGAGAUGAAGUUUCUGAUAGACCAGAUCGAAACGAAGGAAGAGAAUUUUCAAAUCAUGUACGACGAUGGGGAACCGUUGAAUAUAGAAAUCAUUGAUGAAUCUUCCUCUACACAACCCGAUAAAAGUAUCAAGCUCAAUAAAAGUGAAUAUGUAAUGCAGUCGAGCGCUGUGAAUAUUGCAAAUACUGGCCCCUUAGGUGAAUAUGAACUUAAGUUGGCUGAAACUUGGGCUAUGGAACUGCAAAAGAUGACACCCGAACAACAGAUUUACGCUAAGAAAGCCAUCAAUGAUAUAAUUUAUGAAGGGCAACUUGGUAAUUUGUAUCGCGACUGUGUGCAAAUUUACCCGCCAUGAAUAAAUAUGAGACAACUUGUAUAGCUUCGAAAAUGUAUUCAAUAGUAGAUACUUAAUGCUAAAGUUAAAACUCUAAAUAUGUUUAAUUUUUCUACCACACGUCACUUUAUUCCGGUAUAUCGCCGCCGGGCACUAACUAUAAAAGAAAACAUGUAAUAUAAAUAAAUGAAGAAUAUAAAGAAAUCUUUAAAAUAUUUACCAUGGUUAUGUUAUUGCCAUUGAGUAGAAUUUGAUCGAGUUUAGUUAUACGUCUACCUUCUGGCGUAUUUUCGUACUCUGUCACAUCAUCCAAUAACAUAUUUACGAAAUCAUCAAAUCCCAAUAAUGUGCCAACCAUCUCUUUAUCAUUCUUCAUUAUAAUAUGUAUGCGAGAGCCAAUACAUUUGUCCACAAGUUCUAUGCAAGUAAGUAGUAAACGUUAAUUGCAGUUUAUUGUAUAUUAUAGAUAUAGAUAGAGAUACUUACCAAGUGGUAAUAGAGUUGAGACAUUUGAAGGCGGUGGUACGGCAGUCAUGUUUCACUUAUUUUGUUGAUUUAAUAAAUUUAACAAAAAUAGUAUUGAACACAAAAGCGAUUAACAAAACGCGGCGCUAUUUUAACAGCUGUGCACUAAA